UUUGCACUAAAGCAUAGCUGCAGGAACUUUCUCCAAGUCGGGAUACGGAUAAACGGCAGUGAAGAGGAGGAUAGAGACCUCAGCGGGGUUCGAAUUGAGCAACCUGAAAGGAAGUUCUUCCAGGGUGUGACUGUAAGUGCAGCAGUUGAGGUAGAACCCAAUCAUACUCUGACACUCGUGCUGAAGAGUCCCAACCAAUACUGCAACCAGAGUAAAGAUAUUCAAGCCUAUGAGCUUGGUGGAGCUUCGUUCAGCUUGCUCUGGCUAUCCCAUGACACCGGUGCUGUGGCCAUGACUGCUCAGAUGUCCACAGCAGCCCACCAGAGUAACUAUCGCCCCACCUUCCGUAUAGCCACUGUCUCUGAUCCCUACAUAGUGGCUCUGACCCAUGACAGCCGUGGGGUUCGUUUCAUGGAGACCGGCGUGGUGAAGUUUGUUCUCCAACAGGCCAUCUAUUCAAUGGGCCAUUCUUGUGUUCGAGACGGUUUCUCACUGAUUGCCUACGUCAACAGAAAUGGCACUAACCAGGAGGUGCUACGCUCCUUCAAGUCUGGCGUUAACUACAGAGACACCUCCAUCAACCUUUCUGGGGCCACAACGGUAGACAGCGAAGACUGGCUCAAUUUUGAAAUUGUCGCCCCAUCUCAGUGCAAUGUCCGUUACUUUGGUGAUAGUUCUGGGAUUAGUAUGCUGAGCUUGAUAUGGAUCCCUACCGCUGUCUCCUCCAUGUUCACAGCCACUGUCUCAAGAACAGGUCUAUCUUCUGGGGCAGUGCGAAAUAAACCCCUGCUCUUUAGGCAGAUGAGCCCGAAUACAGACCAAAUGCGACUAGCUGGGUCAGGUGAGCCGCAUGCUCAGAGGAACUUUGUGUUUUCGGAGGUCGGGACGAUCAGUGUGGCACUCAACCUAAAACUGAUCCACUCCUGCAGUGUGGUCAAGCUGACCCUUUACCGGCAAGGUACAGAUGGAGGUCAGGCCACAUCCUUGGCCCAGCAGGUGGGUGGACAUAUGCCUGAAGGUAGUGAGUGGGCCAGCGUGGGGCUGAGAACUUCUUUUGAAGUGCAGAAUGGUACUGCCAUUUAUGUUUCUCUGGACUGCAUUCGUGGCCGGAUCAACCAGAUCACUCAUGAGGGCGGCACCAACAUCUCCAUUCUUUGGUUGGCAUCAUGAUUCCAAGUAUGCAAUCUUAGAUCUAAGGUGCUGUAAUCAUUUGAAAGAAUACU